GCACACUGGAAAGUCUCGUGGUGAUUUGUGGGGGCAGUCAACAGUCCCUGUAAGUUGCCGGGGCGUUACACAAGAGACUUUUUCAAAGUUUAAAUUUGGCAGAAUGGUGGUUCUGCAACACCACACAUGAACUUGAACCUGGUGCAUUAUCAUUUCUUCCUAAGCUCCUACCAAUUGGUCCAUUAUUAAGAAGUUAUGACACUAAAAUUGGUAUCACAAAAGCAAUUGGACAAUACUGGGAAGAAGAUUUGUCUUGCAUGAAUUGGCUUGAUGAACAACAUCAUGGUAAUGUGUUGUAUGUUGCAUUUGGUAGUUUCACUCAGUUUGACCAAAACCAAUUCAAUGAACUUGCCCUUGGAUUAGCCCUCAUCAAUACACCUUUUCUUUGGGUUAUAAGAGAGGAUAGUAAGAUGGAAUACCCUCACGAAUUUAAAGGGCAUAAAGGUAAGAUAGUUAGUUGGGCUCCUCAACAAAAGGUUUUAAGCCACCCUGCCAUAGCAUGUUUUGUUACUCACUGUGGUUGGAAUUCUACCAUAGAAGGUUUGUCCAAUGGGGUACCUUUCUUGUGUUGGCCAUAUUUUGGAGACCAAAUUCAGAACAAAAAAUACAUUUGUGAUGAGUUAAAGGUUGGAUUGAGUUUUGACAAAGAUGAAAAUGGAGUUGUGUCAUGCAAAGAGGUAAAAUCGAAAGUGGAGCAACUCCUUACUGAUGAGAACAUAAAAUCAAGGUCUCUUGAGUUGAAGGAGAAAGUCAUGAACAACAUAGUUAAAGGUGGUGCAUCAUUGGAGAACCUUAAUAGGUUUGUCAAGUGGCUUAAAGAGUAGGAAUUCCCAUUAAAGUUUAAUUUAUGCAUAUUUUAUGUUGGAGAACUCUCCUAUAACCUUUGCAAUAUUUUCAAGCGAUUGAGAUUUCUUAUUUA